CCCAGCGUACAUAGCAAAUUUCCCCCCACUUCCAAAAAAUUAGACGCACUUUUGUUGUUUGAAAGAGAGAAUCGGAGAUGCCGAUAGAGAUGCCAAGGGGGUUGCCAUUCUCGGUGGAUACGUGGUCCCCUUUCUCCAAGCGGAAGAGCCACCAUUUCCUCACCCACGCUCACAAAGACCACGCCCAGGGAAUCGUCACCCACGCUUCUUACCCUAUCUACUCCUCUCUUCUCACCAAGACUCUCAUCAUGCUACACUACCCUCAGCUUGAUGAAUCGGUGUUUGUUGGAAUUGAGGUUGGGCAGUCGAUGGUUCUUGAGGAUCCAGAUGGCCAUUUUAUCGUCACUGCUUUUGAUGCAAAUCAUUGUCCAGGAGCUCUAAUGUUCCUCUUUGAAGGAAAUUUCGGUAACAUUUUGCACACAGGAGAUUGCAGAUUAGUGCCUGAGUGUUUGCGAAGCCUACCAGACAAGUUCAUUGGCAAGGAAGGAAAAGAACCUAGGUGUCCGCUUGAUUACAUCUUUUUAGAUUGUACGUUUGGUCAAUGUGCUCUGACAAUGCCCAGCAGGCACACGGCUGUCCAGCAGAUUAUCAAUUGCAUAUGGAAACACCCUCAGGCCAGCAGAGUGUAUCUGGCAUGUGAUCUCCUAGGUCAGGAAGAUAUUCUACUACAGGUUUCUCGAACGUUUGGUGAGAAGAUAUAUGUCGAUAAAGCCAAGAAUCUAGAAUGCUUCAAAUCUCUCGAACUUAUUGUUCCCGAGGUCAUGUCACAUGACCCAGCUUCUCGUUUUCAGCUAUUUGAUGGAUUCCCAAAGCUAUAUGAAAGAGCUGAAGCAAGGAUAGCCGAGGCUCGUGCCAAUUUUCAACAUGAGCCCCUUAUUAUACGCCCUUCAUCACAGUGGUAUGCUAGUGAUGUUGGCACUUCUGAGUUGGAAAAGCGAAGAAAAGAAAGGCAAGAUCAAGCUGUUAGAGAUCUUUGUGGUGUUUGGCAUGUCUGUUAUUCAAUACACUCAUCCAGAGAAGAACUAGAGUGGGCAUUGCAACUUCUUGCUCCUAAAUGGGUGGUGUCAACAACACCCAACUGCAGGGCUAUGGAGCUAAAUUAUGUUAAGAAACACUGUUUCAACAAUCAACUAUCUGUUAAUAGAUCUCUCCAGAAACUUAUGGACAUAAGUGCAGUAACAUCUUUAGGUUCAGAUGAAUCAGUAGAAAAUUUGGGCGGUUCACAGGAGGACAAUAUUUCUAUUAAUUGUGUAGAGAUCCAACCUGAACCAGUUAUCACAUCCACACACCGAAAAAAGCGGUUGAGUUUAUCUCCUCCAAGCAAACGGCCCCCAUUGACGUUAUUUGGAAGAGCCAGGGCUGGUCUUCACGAUUCUGCUUUCCAGAACGAACAGAAAGUACUGGCAGUUAGUGAUUGCCCAGAGACAACACCAACUGGAAAUGAAGAUGUUUGUACCCAGAAUGAUGUUGCUGACGUCGAAUUCGGUGAUUUACUGAAACUAAAGAGAAAGGGUGAUUUUGCAGAAAUAAAUUGCAUUUCUACAGACAUAAAUCCAGGGCGACUCGAAAAUGAUGCUGGUUUACCAACUGGUUCUUCGAGUACAUAUAAUGAAAAUUUUAGAAGGGUUUACAGGUCUAUGAAUGUUCCAGUACCUCAGCGCCUUCCUUCCCUUACUGAUCUUAUGGAUGCCAGAAGUUAUCCAAAGAAAAUGCUUCCUCUUGUGGCGAUUCUUUGGCGGAGCUUAAUAUACUCAUGCCGGUUGUUCAUGACUAACUUUUAUCUCCCUCUUUCAAACUAUCAAAUUAUGGGGAUGUGUUUAACUGACUUCUCAGCAAAUGUGCACAAUAUACUGCAGUAUUGUGGUAAUCUAUGCAUUUAUGCGUUUUUUUCGAUUUCCGUCAUCUAUAUAUUGCGGCUCAGGCUUCUCAACAGGAAAGCUAUUAAACUAGUGAACCCAAUGGUGACCUUAAGAACAACAAAUAGGAAUGGAGCUAACUUCAAGAGGCAUCGUCAGAUCAAAUGGCGUUGGACACUUGUGGAAGACAACCUCCUGAAGAAGCUCGUCAAAAGACAUGGUGCCGGCAAUUGGGAUUUCAUUUCUGAUCACUUCCAAGGACGAACCGGCAAGAGUUGCAGACUGAGAUGGAUUAACCAAUUGGAUCCGAAAGUGGACAGAACACCGUUCAGUGAACAAGAGCAGCAGAGGCUUGUUGAUCUCCAUGGAAAAUAUGGAAACCGGUGGUCAAUCAUUGUAAGUCACUUCCCUGGCCGAACAGACAAUCAGGUGAAGAACCAGUACCAUUUACUGGUGGGGAACAAAUACAAAAAGGCCUCACGCCUAUCUUCCACCCCUCUCAGCAAAGGAUCUUCAGACGGGAGCAUGUCAACUGUUGCCGUUGGUUUGCAGUUUUCUAAUGGUACCUUCCAGGGACAUAACAAUUCUAUCAUGUCUGGUAUGACUGAAAUGGUGCCUGUGUUAGGUGGUGGAUUUUCUUCAGUGUUUGGUUUGCAUUGUUCAUCUAUGCAUUCAAAUCAGGGGGUGAUGAGCCAUGGAGAUUCCAUCAUGUCUGAUGCCAGCUCGGGUGCUCUCUCGGAAUCCUGCACGCUCCAAGGAGAGUAUCAAUUCAUCGACUUUAUGGGAGUUGAAAGUUCAGACUGAAAUGCUACUGCU